AUGAGGGUCAGCUCUUGCACCUCGCUGCCCCAAGACGCCACCUCCUGCCGGAGCACCGGCAUCAGGAGCCCAGCGCCGAACAGCACGGCCCCAGCUUGUGUGGGUGUGGCGCACGUCAGAACAAGUGCCACCGAGGACUCUGUCUCACCGCCGGCUUCAGAGGUUCCUGCUGCACACGCCAUGGACCAAGCCUGCGUGGGUGCGCACAUCCCUGCACCGGCCAUCUCAGAGGUUGCUGCUCGGCUCCUGCAUCCCCUGCCGCCGCCAAGAGCUCCGCUGCUGCAUCCCUGGUUGCUGCCGAGAGCGCCGCUGCUGCAUCCCCAGCUCCCGCCGAGAAUCCUGUUUCCUCGGGCCGCCGCCGAGAAUCCCGUUUCUCCAUCUGCUGGCGUCAGUCCUGCCCCGCCGUCAUCCGAAGGCCCAGCUCCGCUGCUGCAUGCCACGGCCCAAGCCUGCACGGGUGCGCACGCUCCUGCACUGGACGCUCUGCUGCCGCUGGCCGCUGAAGGGCCUGCUUCGCCUGUCUCCAGCGUUCUCAAGCCUCCAGAGUUCUCUAGCGUUCUCAAGCCUCCAGGGUUUCCCAGCGCUCCCAAGCCUCCAGGGUUCCCCAGCACUUUUUUUCCUGGACACUAG